UGGGAAGCGUCACUUCCGGUGGAAUAUUCCAGUACAUUUCGCCUUGCUCUUUAAAAGGUCGCGUCGGUGAUGCUUCUGCGACGUUAACAGGUAGACGUGCUGCUCAUGCUGCUGGCAGAAUUUAAAACAAAAACCAAAAAGUCACAACAGUGACAGCAGUGAAGAAACAGCGCAGAGUUCGGGGGGUGUUUAAAGGCAUUUUAUCGUUUGAUUUGUGUACUCUGUACUACGUGGCGCAUAUUUCAGCUGUUGUGAUUCAGAGACAGUCAUGAUCCUGCUGACACCCUCCUCCGGUAGGUCCACUGAUUAUUCCUCCCUCUAUUCUGGAUUACUGUGGACUUGUCUGGGCAAACUGGGGACUCAUUCAUGAAUAAAAUGGGAUGGAGUUCUUUGUAAACCGGCAUGUAGUCAUGCAGCAUGUGAGCCUGGAUUUUUAUCUUAUGUUGUUUUAACCAUUAAUUUCAUAUAAUGGCUACCCUUUAUUAAUUUGUCUUUUCCUGUCUUCUGAUGAAGUGUUUUAGUCGUUACUAGGUGAAAUAGUAGGGUCUUACGCAACUUCCCAUCAUUCUUUGCACUCAUUAUAGGCAGCAAUCCAAAUGACCUGCUUGAAAUUGGCUGAAUCUGUGUUGGUUGGGAUUUACCCUUUUUCCAGUGGCAUAGUUUUGUCUCAACUAGAAUGCCCCUCAAACAUGAGCUGCAUGUUGCUCUUUUGUCAUACUCCCAACAAGUCUGUGGGCCUGACACUAUUUUCAGGUGUAAUGCUGAAUGGGAACUAAAAUAGAAUACAGUGAAAUAAAAGCAUGCUUUCAAUUAAAAAGUUGUUCUUGGCUGUGUGCUCUUGUCUCAUCCGCUGUUUUCUUUCAGAUGAAGAGUCUCUUGAACUGCCCUGCCUUUGGAAUCACAGGAAGUUCAGCGUGAAACUUGAUGGGUUGCUGUAACGCAACAUUUAAAUCUACAUUGUAAUUUUUGAGGUCAUAAUCUGAGCACACUGUCUUGGACGGUACUAUGACAUGAGAGAAAGCCAUACAAAAAUGGAUUGAAAACAAACAUUUCUUUGUGGGGGCAGAGAGACCGUUUUCUGGCCAGUGCAAGCUGCAGGGUGUCAGCAUUCAUUACAUCUUGUUGAUUUAGUGGAUGUAGCUGUUACUAUAAUCAGUAUUGCAAAAUUUAAUCAGUCUAACACAAUUAAGUCUAAAGAAAACAUAUUGCCUAUUUAAAAUACACUUCCAGUGUAUGUUCUCUUAGCAGUAAACUCAAUCAAUGCAGGAAAGCUUUUUCUAUAUGUAAAAACCCAUGCUACAGAAUAGCACUCAUCAAUAGAUUGGAUCCAUUAGCUGCUGCCACAUUGUACCAGGUCACCACUUUUGAUUGGCGCUAGCAGACAAAUUGAUCUCACGUCUGGUAUGUGUCAAUGCAGUUGCUGCAAUUCACACUGUCACUGUAGCCAAUGGUGUGUGUAGUAGUUACCUAAAUGUCCAUUGUUUGUCAACCCACACGAGCACCGUGUGUGUGUGCGUGUGUGUGUGUGUGUGUGUGUGUGUGUGUGUGCGCGCGUGCGUGCGUGCGUGCGUGUGCGUGUUAGAGAUAUACACCUGAUAAUGUUUGACUAUUUCGGUGAAGCUUUUGUCAAAUACUUAUUAAUGCAUGUAACGAUAAGACCUAAUGAACCUUAGCUUGUGUGAGAGUAGCUGGGAGGGGGACACUAAUGAUGCAUGCUGGAGGCUGCACAACCCUGACUAAAUGAAUGCAUUCUUUUGAUCUGAAAAUGGAUGAAUAAUGUUUAUUGUAUGGUCAGUGUCUGUCCAAUAAACAUACAUCUUGGUAAGUAAUGCUUCUUUUACAUUAGACAGGAGACUUAGUUUCAUAUAAUGUGUCACCUAAUAUCCAGUAGGAAACAUUUUUUUCAUAUAUCCAUCCCUCCAUUUUCUAUACCGCUUAUCCUCACUAGGGUCGCGGGCGUGCUGGAUCCUAUCCCAGCUAUCUUCGGGCGAGAGGUGGGGCACACCCUGAAAUGGUUGCCAGCCAAUCGCAGGGCUUUUUCAGAUAUCAAUGGAACUUAUUUUCUUCUAGAUUUAGAUGUAUUAUUUUUACUGGGACUGGGACUGGGACAAAUGAUUCACAUUUAGACACACUUAAGCCGGUAUGGUCGUGGGUUGGGUUUUUAGCUUGAGUCUGUCAGAGGGUCACCCAGAUGGCUACUAACUGCUACUGUCAUAUGGUCUUAGGUCUCUUCCAGUGCACCAACAAGUUCUUUCUCAGUGAUCAGGCCACAGGACUCCAGAUCAAGGAGUUUGCUCGUAGAAAUGCUGCAAAUGCCCUAUCAGUUGCCAACAUGAUCAUGGGCAUGGCCUCCAUCCUCAGCAGUCUUGAUGGGCACCAUCAUGCAGCAUGUUGGCUGGUUCUUAUUGGCUACCUGCUGGAUUUGGCAGAUGGAGCUGUUGCCAGGCGACUUGACGCCUGCUCUGCCCUGGGUGCAAAGCUGGAUGACUUUGCCGAUUUCACAACAUUCGGGAUUGCUACAUCCCUGCUCCUGAGGACACCUGACUUGCUGGAUAACAUCCUGUGCAUGUGCUACGCCCUCUCGGUUUUUGUUCGCCUCUGUUUCUUCUCAAGUGGGAUUCCGUUCAUGUAUCGUGGACUGCCAUGCAUCUACUCCUCGGCCAUCCUAGCCAGUGCCUCGCUGCUGUCGGGCGGCAACACGGCCAUGCUGCGAGUCAUCGCUGUGGCCAUGAUCCUCUUCAUGAUUAGUCACAGUUUCUACCCUCACGACCGAGUGCUGGAGUCCCAGGCUUGGAAGAAGGUUGUCUAUGCUGGGGGGGUGGUCAUGCUGUUCUGCUCGUUCUUCCCUCCUGCUUGUGUAUACUAUCUACUGUGGUCUGUCUCCUAUAUUUUGUUCCCAACAUCCCUUUGGAGCAGUAAAGUGUAAAAUCAAGAAGGUGGGCACUUCCAGGCUGCUGCUAGCUGCCAUGGAGGAUCCAAGCUCAUUUACCUCAAACAAACACUAUUUAACACUACCAAACACUAUUUAAGACUAGAUUUUGUUAUUGUUGGAUGUGACGCCUUGGAGGGAGAAUCCAAAUGAGAAAGAUAGUCUCCUGACAGGAUUAACUCUCAUGCUGUUUUUCACUGAAGGUAAACAAGAAAAGAUUAGAUUUCCCACCCCCCACACCACUCACCUCCACCCAGAAUUCUGAUGUCUCUGAUGUAAUCUUCCAACUACAGUCUUAAUCGACUUUCUUAUCAGUGUUGUGCAAAUGGCAGCAGUGAGUGCCAAAUAAACUGAAUGGCAUGUAUGCAUACGUUGCAUUCUGUAAUCUGUAACCAAUAGUAAAGAACUCAUGAAACAGUAUUUCAGUAUUCACGUUCAGAUGAAGGUUUGCUAAGAUGGGGGAGUUUCCAAUUUUCAUUAAAAAAAAAAAAAAAGUUUGUCCUAUGUAUUUGUUAAUACAAGAGUCUUUAUUACCUAGCAGUCGUACAGGAUAAAUAUGAUCUGUGAAAAAAAAAAAGGAAAUCACCCAUCUCUGGCCCGAUCUUGUGUCUCACGUGAUGUGCAAGAAACCACUGCGCCCAAGAAAAAAGAACCAAUCAGAAACAGAAGGCGUGCCUUGUGUGGCAAUUGUUGUGCACUCACUGGCACACUGAUAACGGGCACACCCUGCGGCCCAGAGCUCACCUGUUACCUUGCCAUCCCGGAAAAACUUUAUUCUUUAUGGAAUGCUACUAUUACACUCAAUGCUAUUGGUUUGAAGUUUUAUUUUUGACUGUCAAGUCAUAAUGACUGUUUUAAAAAAUAUGCCAAAAUGUGAUUUUUGGUAAAAUUGUAAACUCCCCUUUAAAUAUUAACCAUUUACUACAUUUAUUGGAUCAAACUUUUGAAUAUUGUGUCAACAUUAUUAUUCUUACAUCUGUUUUAGUGCCACUGGAAGUGAAUUGCUUUCUCCCCUGCCAUCAGUGAUUUAGCGACAUGCACAAUUUUGAUUUCUUGUAGCCUCUGUUGUAGGAGGAUUUUGAAUUGUAAAUCCACACUGGAUUGUCUGUAUGUCAUACUCUCUGAUUGCAAGUAAAAGGUAUUAAGUUUUUUUUUUUUGCUUUUUUUUUUGAGUGACAAUUGAAGAGAGAGUGAACUGGUCAGAAACAUGAUGCAAUUAAGAGCAAAAGUGAAUAGGGGUCAAUCUGACCUUAUUCCGUGAUAUUAUUUAAGCACAAAGAUUGACAAGUUCACCCACCACUGUACCACAUUCCUUAUGUGAACGUCUUCUCUCAACUUCAUGAGAGUUGAAUCUUCUGUAAGCCAUGGUUCUCUCGAAGCGAUUAAAAAAAGUAUUCAAUACACAAAAGGUUCAUGUGUUCGCCAAGUCAAAUACUGACUUAAUCACAUUGUCUUGUCUUGUUGACCUGCUUUAGUAUUGAAAAAUAACAGCAAAAAUCUACUGACUAAACGGAAUAUAUUUAGUUUUAUGUGGGUGUUUUCACACAAUAAUUUCAUAGUAUUUAAAUAAAGAGAAAUAUUACGGAUAUGGCUCUUUGCCACUCAACAAUUACAUGAUUAAAACAAAGAUCUUUUGCUAUCGGUCACUACAUUUUUUUUAAAAAUAGGACAGAUUGGACGAAAAAAAAGCAUACAGUACAUUUAACUUUAACCACAAUUAUUAACAAAGGUUUGAGUUUUUCAUCAGUCAGAACUUUAAAAUCACUGAACCAUAUUGGAUUUUGGUAAUUAUUAAUAGAUGCAACUGUUGUUGUACUGUUCCAAAGCCUUGUUUUAAUCUAUCUGGAAAAGUGGCUGAGACUGAAAGACAAAUGUUUAAUAAAAACAAUAAAAAUAUUGAAAUACGA